UCUCUCACACUCUCACUCUCUCCUCGCUCUUUUCCCUAUCUCCCACCCCCCUCCAGAUAGCAAAGCAGUCAACUCUGCCGACGAGCUCUUGCUCUACAUCUAGGACGAUCAAAAGAGACCAGACUAAGAUAACGGGUUCCUCUGCCGGGUCAUCAUGUCGAGCGCACCACCAUUGCCCCAAACGACGAAGAACGUGGUUCUCGACACCACUUCCCUUCCCGCAUCCUCCUCAGCGUCAGUAUGGGAUCGCAUCUCGAAAUGGGUUUCGGAGAACAAGGCUCUAGUCUACACCAUUGCCGGUGUCGCUGUGGUUGUAACUAGCGCAGGUGUCGUCUACUACCUUUCCGAUUCCGGUCGCCCUGCCACCGCUGCCGCCCCCCCCGAGAAGAAGAAGAGCAAGAACCAGAGACGGAAAGAGAAGAAGAAGGCUGAGGAGGAAAAGAAGGCCAAGGCUGCCUCCGUCCAGGAGGAGCAACCCGCUAAGAAGACGGAAGAGCCUUCCGACGAGAUUCCUGAAGUUGAUGAGACCACUGUUGAGCAGUUGUCUGAAGAGACCAGGAAAGCCUACGCUGCUAAGCUGAAGGCUGCUGGAAACAAGGCCUAUGGCUCCAAGGAUUACAACCGCGCCAUCGACUUGUACGGCAAGGCCAUUAUCUGCAAACCCGAUCCGGUCUUCUACUCCAACCGUGCUGCCUGCUACAACGUCUUGUCCGAGUGGGAGAAGGUCGUCGAGGACACCAGCGCCGCCCUUGCUAUGGACAGUGAAUACGUCAAGGCCCUGAAUCGCCGCGCCAUCGCAUACGAGCAUCUCGAGAAGUAUAGUGAGGCUCUUCUUGACUUCACCGCCAGCUGCAUCAUCGAUGGGUUCUCCAACGAAAUUAGCCGCGUCGCUCUGGAGAGACUCCUGAAGAAGGUUGCUGAGAAGAAGGGCAAGGAUAUCCUCGAGGCCAAGGGCAAGAAGCUACCCAGCCCCACUUUCGUGUCCAACUACCUUCAAAGCUUCCGCCCCAAGCCUCUUCCGGAGGGUCUCGAUGAGUCCGCCGAUUUGAGCGAGGACUCUGGUAAGGGACUUCUGCGCAAGGGUUUGAUCGCCAUGGCCAAGAAGACUGGUGAUGGAUACGAGGAAGCUGCUACGUCCUUUGAGAAGGCUCUCGAGGUUGGCGAUCUCGGCGACUUCGAAGCUCUGGCCCUUAACCUGAGAGCCACUUUCACUUAUCUGGUCGGAAAUGCCCAGGCGGCGCUGUUGGACCUCAACAAGAGUGUUGAGUUGCAGCCCUCUUUGGUGCAGAGCUACAUCAAGCGUGCCAGCUUGCACCUCGAACUUGGAAACAAGGAUGCUGCCGCUGAUGACUUCGAACUUGCCAUCACCCACAACAAGGACGACCCGGACAUCUACUAUCACCGUGCCCAGCUCCACUUCAUCCUUGGUGAGUUCGCCGAGGCUGCUAAGGAUUACCAGAAGUCCAUCGAUCUCGACCGUACCUUCAUCUACUCGCACAUCCAGCUCGGUGUCACCCAGUACAAGAUGGGAUCGGUCGCCUCCGCCAUGGCCACCUUCCGCAGAUCCGUGAAGAACUUUGAAGAUGUUCCUGAUGUUUACAACUACUACGGUGAACUUCUCCUUGACCAGCAGAAUUUCCAGGAGGCCAUCGAGAAGUUCGACAAGGCUGUUGAGAUGGAGAAGCAAAGCAAGCCUAUGGGCAUUAAUGUCCUUCCCCUCAUCAACAAGGCCCUUGCCCUGUUCCAAUGGAAGCAUGACUUCCAGGAGGCCGAGAACCUCUGUCAGAAGGCUCUGAUCAUUGACCCCGAGUGCGAUAUCGCCGUGGGUACCAUGGCCCAGCUGCUGUUGCAGCAGGGCAAGGUUUCCCAAGCCCUCAAAUAUUUCGAGCGUGCCGCCGAACUUGCUCGUACUGAGGCCGAAAUCAUCAACGCUAUUUCCUAUGCUGAGGCGACCCGCACACAGCUCGAGGUGCAAGAGAAGUACCCCCAGCUCGCUGCCCGCUUGCAGGGCAUGAGUGCUGGUGGCUUUGGUGCUCCCGGUCUGUAAAACCCACACCUGAUAUGAUCUCGACUCAAUCCGCGUCCUCCAUCUCUUCCCACCAUCGUUAUCAUCUCCUUCCGAUCUACCGAGUGUCGCAGGCAGCAUCCAUGCCUGAUUUUGCAGUUUUCUCCCCUCUUUGUCUUUG